AGCUGGGAAAUAAAGAUGGCGUCGUUUUGGGGGAUUCCCAAGCUGUCCUCGUAAUCUUUAUGUUAAUAUUUAUGUUAAUUUUUGAUAGAAUUCCUUAUCAUGCUUUCGACUGUCUUCGGAUGUCUCGCCGUCUUCCUGACUCCGGGGCUGUGCUGUCAGCUCAAGGAAUAUUCUACCACGGAUGGUCAAUGUUGUCCAAUGUGCCACGAAGGUUCAGUUGUUCGAAGAGACUGCACUCGUCAGACAGGCACACGGUGCAUCCCCUGUGUGAACGGGACAUUUAUGAACGAACCCAAUGGCCUGAAUAAAUGUAACCCCUGCACCUCCUGUGACCAAGGUAACGGUCUCUUUGCCAAACAGGGCUGCACAGCAGCAACAGACACAGUCUGUCAUGUUGUAAAUGGAUAUUUCUGCAAGGCCUUCACGGAUGAGUCAGGAUGUAGUUCUGCAGAAAAACAUACGCAGUGUGGACCCGGUCACAGGAUAAAAGCACCUGGAACCAGCAGAACGGACACAGUGUGUGAAAGCUGUCCGUCCGGCUAUUUUUCACUUGAUGGUGUGAAUUGUACAGUUUGGACUCUUUGCUCCAAAACCCAACCAAAGAUCAAAGAAGGAAGCAGGAUCAGGGAUGUUGUCUGUGGAACUGCUUCAAGACAGCAGUACUCGUAUAUAGCUGUAAUAUUACCAUUAUUAACACUUGUGAUCAAAGGUUAGGGCUUGUUUUGCUGCUUUAAGUGCAGAACGGUUUCAGUGAGUACCGGUAGGUGUCUCUUGUUGAUAAUAGGUAAAUAAACUAACAUUCCUCCUAAACCUUACUUGUAACCGACAGACCAGCAGGAUUAAUUGAGUUGAACGUUAUACAUUCCAGUGUGAAAAAAACUUUAACUGACAACCAUUUUACAUUUUGAUGUGUUCAGGCUCUGUUCAGUGAAAAUGAGUCUUGGACGACGGUAAUUUAUGAGGUUAUCAUGAUAUGUUCACAUAGCAUCGGCGGCCAAAAAAACAUGAGCGAGGAGCUCUAAAAGUUACAUUUCCUCUUUUGUGUUGAUCCGAUCUGUGAUCUGAUCAGUGACUUUUGUGAUCUGUAGCCUCGACUACUAAUCAAUAUUAAUGUUUACAUUGAAAUACUGAAUACAUUUAAUUGUCUUAAACUUAAAUUGUAUUGAAAUUGUGAAGUGCCAUUUAUUGUUUUCAUCUUUCAUUUUGCGAUUAUCGUUUAGGGCUGCAGAAUGGAUAAAACUAAAUGACAUUAUAUAAAGUGUAGUGUAGCGUAUGUGCAUUUUAAUCCCAGUCUCCUUCAUGCAGACACCUGGCCAGUCCUGUUGCUUCAAUGCUACACGGGAUUCAGAAGAAAUGUAGCACGCAGCCUUACUUUAAACCUGUCUCACGCAUGUGCACAACUCACCUGUGCGAGUCAUCGUGUUUUAAAUAUUAAGGUCUUAGUGAAGACGUGUGUGUCUGUGAAGUAGUGAGCGUCCAACUGGAAUAAUGAGAGGUUUCUCCGUUUUUGUGUUGAGAGAAAAACUAGUUCUCUUCAGGAGUUCAAGGAAACAACAGAUGAAUGAUUGAUGCACAAAUCAGUCUGUGGGUGAAGUGUUCAUUUAAUUAAACACAUUGGCCUUCAU